GACGCCAACUGUUUCCGAUGAUGUCUUAACGGCGCAUUCGCCCACAUAUACGCGCUGGUGUUGCCAGUCGCCACAGACUUCGCGAUCCGUAUCUCUCUUAUUUCGUGUGAAAAAAGAAAAAUGUCGCUAUGUUCCCUUGUCAUCAUGGCUGGUGUGAUUUGCUUGGUCACGCUAGAAAUGUCAGUAAUGCAAGCGCUGCCACUGACCUACAGUCAAGCCGUGGCCAUGAGUAGCCAUCACGGUGUUUUUGUGAAUGGCGGACCUCCCGUGGGAAACGGGAAGAUCCAGAAGCGAGAUGUGUGGUCAGUGGUGGAUGGACAGUACGCUCCCUUCAGCAGUUACGAAUCGGAUCUGCCGGCUUAUGAAGACUCCUUUGGCUAUGGAUUUGAUGAUAUUCAUGCAGUGCCGCAGAAGCGUUUGCGGUUUGUCUCUCAAAACAUCCAUCCGGGACGCCGAUUGGCGACGGGAGGAUUAGCCAGUAAUCCAUCGGCGCGUGGUUCUUCCACUCCCGGCACACCACAGACAACAAGAGGAUACGCCGCAUUAUCUGGUUUAAGUGGACAAAAAUUCAGAUUUCACCGCGGUUAACAUCGACUUAUCUAUGAAUUCAAGCUUAUCUUUGAUAUAGCACGGUUUUGUAAAUAUUCGUAUUUUGAAUAGGAUUUGGUGAUAUCUGCUUCAGUUUUUUCUUAUCCGGCUUAAUACAGAGUAUUUACCGUUACCUACCUUACUUCAUGACUUAACGGAGCCGAUUGAUUGCAGUAAAGUGUAUGUAAAAUU